UUGAUUGAAUGGGUUGGAGGCAGCUAUCCAAAAACUCAACACCACAUUGAAGAAAUUAAUGGAAGAGGAAGAUGCACGUUAUGCUGAGUACACGAUGUUACGCACAAUUGAUACCUUGCGUUUGGACCGUGUUGAGGAGCAAUUGGUUGCAGUUCAGGAAGAGAUCGAUGCUUCUGAUUUUCUCGAUGUCGAUGUCGAGAUGAUUGUUUCAGAUGCUUUAAGAGAAACCUUUUUAGUUGUUCAUGCUGCUGCUAAUUUGAGUAAUGCUAAAGUGAUCGAACCAUCCAUUUCAAAGUUUUAUGCAGUUCCCGUAAUCAAAGGUUUUCUUCCCUUCACUGUCAUACCCUGUAGUUUUAGCAAGCAACUGGGGUCUUCACCAAUGAUUGCCGUAGGGGAUUUCAACAUCAUUGUCCCGCUUACCCUGCAUACGAUACUUCUACUGGAUCCACCUAACUUAGUAUCCAUUCCGCCGCCGCCGCUCGUCCCACCAUGGUUUCAUCACUCAGUUUACCCAAGACUAUCUAAUUCAUCGCCCUCAUCUAAGGUAAACAACCUUCCUCUCUAUUUCCAAUUUAAGCAAAAGAAAUUAUGUGGAAGUCACUCUCACAGUACACGCAUAAUUGAUAGUAGAAUUCUUGUUGUUUAUGUGAUAACAUUGUGCUUCCUUUUGUUUGAGUGAUCAUCAAAUAGUCGGUCUUAUAGAUGGGAAAUUAAGGGUUGGUUGCAAUAUAGAUUAUAGUAUGUAACCAACCCAGUUGUAUGUUUUGAUCAUUCUUUGUAAGUAUAAAAUCUGGACUAUACAAACAUAUGUUCAAAUCUCUUCAUAAAGAAAAAUCAACAGCUUACAACAGAGUAUGGGCUAACAUGGACUAAAUAUAUUUGCUUACUAUAUCUAUUAGUAAACAUGAUAAGUAAUCUAAAAGAAUAUCAGAAAAUCACUUUUACAAGUGAUAUAAACCUCAGUAUCAGUCAGCAUGUUUUAUUAUGCUGUUGUGUAAAAUGUAUCAUAAACUAUGGUUCCAUACUCUAUUGCCAUGUGUGUCAAAUUUCUAAAGGGAAAAUGUGAAUGGUUUUUUUUUUUUUUUGAGUUGGUAAAUCAUAUAUGUAGAAUCUCAUAUUCACACAAAAUAUUAUCUUGAAAAGGGUUAGGAUAGAGUCCAACUUUAAAUUGAGGGUGUGUCAAUGUUUAAGCUCCGAGGUUAACAAUUUCACGACCGAUAUCUGCAUAAAUAACUAUUAUAUUUUUGGUCUGAUUGGUGGAGGAAGUUUGAGAAUUUAUAAACGCGACUUACAACAAAAGGUUUUGGAGAUUGUAGGCAUCUCAAUGAAGCAGGCUGAAGCAAAGUUUGGCUAUCUUCUUGAAGCGCUUGACAUGGGGGCUCCCCCACAUGGAGGCAUAGCUUUUGGUUUGGACAGACUGGUUAUGUUGCUGGAAGGGGCUAGUUCAAUCAGGGAUGUCAUUGCUUUCCCCAAAACAACUACUGCACAGUGUGCCCUGACCAGGUCUCCAUCCGAAGUAGACCCGCAACAGCUGAAAGAUCUUUCGAUUACUACGUAGAUAGAUAUUUAGCUCUUCAUAGUUUCUCUUACUUAUACCAUUUUUGUACUCUACCAAGGAAAAAUUCAUGUACGCAUAAAUAAAUCAAUAUAGGUUACAAUGUAAACUUACUUUUUCAUGUUGUUUAUCGCAUUUUUUGAGCCAAAGAAAGCCAUAUUAUUUAUUCAAACACAUAAUAAAGCUUAGUGUCGACACCUUCUCUUUGUUAUUUCUGAAUAGGAGAAUAAUUGAUUACCAAAACACAACUUCUCCACUAACUAAUGACAUUAGCCAUUUCAACUUAACUAGCUAUUGUUCUUUAUGCUUGUAUCUAUCAACUACUUUUGGCUUGUGUGCAAAAUAAUAUUAUUAACAAUGAAAGAUAAGGAAGUGAAAGUUUACAAAUAAAACCAGUUCAAUCAUACUUCUCUAACAGGUUAAAUAAAUUCAUGGUAUCUUAUCCAUAAAUUAAUUUUUUUUAACACUACUAAUAGAUAAGUUUUUUGGAAUGGAAGAAUAAAGUGUCUGAAGCAGGUAUUGGUAUUGGCUGAGAAAUUAUAAAAGAUAACUAAAGAAACAGGCACUUUUGGUAAUUCA